AUGCGAGACCUGGACCUGAAGGAGAGGUUGCAUUGGAUGGAGGACAACAACGACCAGGCUGGCAGCUCGUCCAACGGCGUCAACGACUCAUUCGAUUCAUCGACGACUGUCGUCGACGAGGGCGACAUCUACACGGGCGACGGCCACCUCCGAGGUCUGUUCGACGGUAGCUCAGACGGCAUGGUGGAAGAUUUAACGGGCUCGUCUGAGGCUCCUGAGGCUACACCCUGGACUGUGCCGACCGGUGUUUGCGACCUUGCAACUGAGAGCGGACAAGGCGACUUCCUAACGGGCCCGUGGCGCUCAAACGCCAGCAGCACCACCACCACCACCACCGGAGGCGAUGGAGACGGCCGCGGCGGCAACGGCCACAACCCCACGUAUUCCGCAGCGAGGCGCACCGGCAACAACCACGAGCUUCAUGGCCACUACCGGGGCACAGGAGCUCCCUUUACGCCACAGCCGAUGGGAUCCAUGGGGCACAUGGCCGUUGGAUACAACGGCGCGGCCGGGAUCAUCAACCAGCCACCAACGGAAUUCGGCCCGGGUGCCUGCAGCCAACCUUGGGUUUCCCUUGCCGACUACCACGCCAUCUGUUCUGCCCAGUGGCCUCAUCAUCAGCUCGGCGGGGCACACGGACAGCACAGGGGGCAGCUAGGAGCCAACACACCUUACGGGCCCGGUGUAUCAACCUUCCUUCCUUCUGUUGGGGGGUCUUCAUUGGACACCCUCCCAUCCGCUUUGGCACCGUACGGAAUGGUUCAGGGCGCGCCUGGCGGAGCUCCCGCGACUGCGCAUGGGUCAUCGUCCUAUUUGGGGGUUGGCCCAGCGAUUCCACUAUCUGCUGGUGCAAACAAGGUUGCUGCGUCUGCUGGGGUGGCGGCGGUGGCGCCUCUUGCUGGUCCAGCGAUUGCUGUCCCUCCUGCUCCAGCGGUUGCGCCCCCUGCUGCCCCUGCGGUGGCGCCCCCUGCUGCAGCGGCGGUUGCGCCCCCUGGAAACGCCGCAGUCGCCCAGGGAGUACCAGACCCAGAACUAGAUGGGUUUCGGGAGCAACUGGAGUUGAUGCAGUCCCCGUCGGCGACCGUGGGAACCCUACGCGCGACCAUCGCGUCCUUCGAGGCCAUGAAGAGCUGCCGCAGGAUGAACGGCAAACCCAACCUGACCAACUCCGUCGCUACUCUACCCCUUUACAAGGCUCCCAACAUAUCGAGAUGGGCUAAGCAGUGUAGGCUGCUGAGCAAUGCCGAUGCUAACCAAGAGCUCCGGGAGGCUCGUAAGGCCAUCAACAUGUAG